AUGUGUGCAUUCGAUGGAGUACGCAAUACAGGCAGCAUGAAUGAAUAUGGAUAUAUAAAUAUAGUAAGUAAAGCAAUCCAUGAGGGAAAUGAGAAUCAACAAACAUGCAUAAAGAAGCAAUAUGCUCCAAACUAUGCGCUGAAUAAACUCAAGCUGAAUAUUGAAAGCAUGUUUGAGGGAGACAGGAAAUUUCAUGAGUCAAAGUAA